CCGAUCCCGCCGGUGCCUGCGCGGAGCUGAUGCGGCUCAGCCCGGCUGUGCUGCCGCCGCCUUGAGCUGGGCAGGGUGCUGCUGGCCGCUCAUCCUGCUGGUGCCGGGGCACCUCGCUGCCGGCCAUGCCCACCCCGCCCGCCGUGCCCAGCACCAUGGGGACGGCUCUUCGCGCCCGGGACCCAGUCAGUUUCUGAGCUGCCCACACACCUUCGAGGUCUGGAGCCAGCACUGAGCAGAGGGAUGGGCAGUGCCAGCCCUGGGCUGACCACUCUGCCCCCCAGCCACCUCACCCAGCCAGACGCUGCCCUACUGCCCUCACUCCAGGACCCUGACACCCAGAACUGGUGCUGCCCGGAUAGCCCCAGCCCCCCCAGCACGCCUGAGCAGCCCCUGCCUGCUUUCUGCCUGCACUACUUCAACAUGCUCUACUCGGAGGACAUCCCCUGGGCCACCAAGGGCAUGGGAGAGCCAUCCCCAAGUGGUGCCCAGGGUGGGCGAGGGGAGGCCCAGAAGGAGCCAGAGCAAUGUCCCAUCAUCGACAGCCAAGGCUUGGGACUGGGAGCCGAGGGGGACCUGGCCCUGGUGGAGCACUCACUGGAGCAGGUCCAGAGCCUGGUGGUGGGUGAAGUGCUGAAGGACAUCGAGACGGCCUGCAAGCUCCUCAACAUCGCUGCAGACCCUGUGGACUGGAGCCCUGGCAACGUGCAGAAGUGGAUCCUGUGGACGGAGCACCAGUACCGGCUGCCGCAGGUCGGGAAGUGCUUCCAGGAGCUGUCGGGCAAGGACCUGUGUGCGCUGUCCGAGGAGCAGUUCUGCCAGCGCUCGCCUGCCUGCGGGGACAUCCUGCAUGCCCACCUUGACAUCUGGAAGUCUGCUGCCUGGAUGAAGGAAAAAUCUGCCCCAGGAGAUGUAAGAUACUGUGGAGGCGAUGCCAGCUGGGCAGACAGCGAGGUGGACUCGUCCUGUGCCGGCCAACCCAUCCACCUCUGGCAGUUCCUGAAGGAGCUGCUGCUGAAGCCUCACAACUACGGACGCUUCAUCCGCUGGCUCAACAAGGAGAAAGGCAUCUUCAAGAUCGAGGACUCGGCGCAGGUGGCACGGCUGUGGGGCAUCCGCAAGAACCGCCCGGCCAUGAACUACGACAAGCUGAGCCGCUCCAUCCGCCAGUACUACAAGAAGGGCAUCAUCCGCAAGCCGGACAUCUCCCAGCGCCUCGUCUACCAGUUCGUGCACCCAGUCUGAGCACUGAGGGCGGGACAGGCCGAGCCCCAGCAGGGACCAGGGGGCCGCCGCCACCCCCCGCUGCCGCCCAGCCAGAAAAACCAUUCCCAGCCCUCAGGACCGUGGCUUGGGUGCUGAGGCUCCACCAGCCCCGGGGCCAUCAGCAAUGGACCAUGAGACCCUUCUGGCUCCUGCUACCCUAGGAGGGCAGGGAGGAGCCCCCCCAGCUAAAGGAUCGCCACCUGCGAGUGCACCCAGGGGAGGGUGGGCAGGGGGCUGGGGCCGGAAGAGGAGCUGGGGGCUGACCGGAGAGAGAUAAAGGCUGAUGCUGCUGUGGCUGUCGUGGGGCUCCUGCAGCCUUGGUCCCUCCGGCAGGGACUGAAGGUGGCUGAAAUUACCAGGGGGAGGAGCUGGGGGAUGCAGGAGUCCUGCCCCAAGUCUCUUGCUUCCCUGGCACGUUGUCCUCUUGCCACGCAGCACUGGGGCAUCAUCAGGACACAGGAGCCAAGGGCAUGCCCCAGCAGGAGGCCUCAGUGUCUGCUGCAUCAUGCCCCAGAGCGGCUCUGAGGGGGCAUGACAGCACCGGGGCCACUCUGCCCUCUAACCACAGCCUGUCCCUAUGUCAUCACUGUCCCAGCUGCCCUUGGUGCCCACCAGCAGUGACACUGUGCACUGGAUUUACCCCAACAAGCAGCUCCUGGCCCUCAGCCCUGGUCAGGGUGGGGUACAGCACAGGGGCGGCCUCUGCCCCUUGCUGCGCCUCAGCCUCGGCUGCAAAGAAAGGAGCUGCCAGGAUCUGGAGGGGGCAGCAGCAAAUCCCUUCCCGUGCCCUUCCUCCCGGGUGCUGGCUGUGAGUGGCUUUGCCCCAGCCAUUGUUCAGAGAGGACAAAGCCUGGGCAUGAGCGGGGACAAUGGCACCAGAGGGGACAAUGGCACCCACAGGGACAAGGACACCCUUAGCUGGGCCCAUGCUGACAUGACCCAGAGCAACCUGGCACCAUGGGACCUGUGUGCAGGGUAACUGUGCCCAGGGGACAGUGGGCAUCUCUUUAGGACUGCAACUUCCACUCCCCACUCCAGGACACCUUCAGCUUCUUCUCUCCAUAUGGAUUUGAGGUUGAAAAAGGGCAUUUAGCAAAGGGAACCACUGGAAAAGACAGACAUGGGACUGUGCACCCUAGGGCACCCUUGCAGGUGUGGAGGUCCUCUGAGCUGGGUCCCCUUCCUUGGCCAUGGGGACACCCAGAGCCCCCUGACGCCCCCAGGUCCCUGACACAGGGCUCCCCCUUUAGAUUUUGAUUGCCUGAUGCCAGAAUUUGGGAAAAGGGAGCUGGCAGCUCUGCUUAGCCUGAGCUGGCACCCAAACCUGGGCACUGCUUGAGCUGCACAGUGCACCAGAGCCUGAGGUGCCAGCACAGCCUGAGGGAGUCACCUGCUGACCUUCACCUUCUGUAUUAGAGUUUUUUCUUCAAUCUGUUUGCUUUUUGGUUUUGGCUGGUGGCAAGCUGUGGUUGAGGGUCAAAUGCUGAGGACAGACGGGUGGCACAGGUGCCCAGGAGGUGCUUGGUGGGAAGUUUGGAAGGAGAAAGCCACCUGGCUCUUGGGCUUUCGGUUUUCACUUGAACCAGCUGCCUGGGGAGGCCUUUUGCUCCUUGUGCUGCCUCUUUCUCUGUUGCCACAGCAGAGUAGUGGACAUGCUCCUGCUGGCCCUGCAAGCGUCUGGUGAGGGAUGGAGGGAGGAGAGGGGCAGGGGAAGGAGGAAAACUGCCCUGGUCUCUGGAAAAGGGUAAACAAAGAAAUGGGGGAAGGAAACCCCAGCAAAUUG